GUAAUCUUGGAACGCAGCUAACAUUUAACCUUGAUGCUUUCAAACUACUUUGAACGGUUACAUCUAAAUCAGUUCACUUUCGGCAGUCUUCCGACGCGUUUGUCGGUAUUCGCAAAUUCUACUCUAAAGACACCCAAUACGAAAUUUGAAGGAAAUGCCUCGAAAUUGAAAAAGGGAAACUGAGAAGGCGGCUUGGACCCUGGAAGACCUACAAAAAGCGGCGCAAUUGGUCGGCGAAGGAUUAGCUAUCAGAAAAGCAGCCGUGUGUUGUGGAAUUCCAUACCAAACAUUGCAGAAACGAUUGAAAAAAGGACAACUGCAAAGUUCAAGAAAACUUGGUAGAUACCCCAUUUUUACCCUUCAGCAAGAAACGGAAAUGGCACAACAUUUAGUUAUCCUUGCAAAUAUAUUUUAUGGGCUAACUAGGUGGCAAUUUUGUCGCUUAGCUUACAGAUGUGCCUUAAAUUUAAGAAUUAAUCACGCCUUUAAUAAACAGAAGCAGUUAGCUGAAAGAGACUGGCUAGAUGGAUUCUUAAGACGGAAUUCCACGAUCAGCAUUCGUAAACCUGAGGCCACGAGUUUAAACCGCAUCAAGGGUUUUAACAAGGACGAGGUAACUCGCUUUUUUGACAAUCUUCACACGGUUUUGUCUAAACAGAAUUUCAAGAAGUCCAAUAUUUUUAAUAUGGAUGAAACGGGAAUAACGACGGUUCAAGAACCUGGAACUAUAUUGGCUGGAAAAGGUCAAAAAAGGGUAACUAGUUGAGAGCGUGGCAAAAACAUUACUGUAAUUUGUUGCAUGAGCGCUGCCGGAUCGUUUGUGCCCCCAUUUCUUAUAUUCCUCAGAAGACGAUUUUCUCCACUACUUGCUAAGGAUGGGCCUCCAGAUGCGGAAUAUCAGGUUACUUUUAACGGCUGGACUAAUGAGGAAAUGUUCGAAUUGUGGCUUAGGCAUUUUGUAAAAUUUGUUAAGACCAAUCGUGAUGAACCAGUAUUACUUAUUCUAGAUAAUCAUUCUAGUCAUGCAACGCUUGAAAGUUACAAUUACUGCAAAGAAAAUUUCAUUACGAUACUGUCCCUCCCAACACAUUUAUCACAUCUGAUGCAGCCGUUAGAUGUAACAUUUUAUGGUCCACUAAAGAAGUCCUACUAUAAAGAAUGUGACAAUUACACGAAGUCAAAUAACCUCACACAAAUCACUCCAUAUGAUGUUGCAAGUCUUUUUAACAAAGCUUAUUCCAAAGUUGCUUCUUUGGAAAAGGGAAUAUCAGGGUUCAGAUGCACAGGUAUUUUUCCAUACCAACCAGAUAUCUUUACUGAUGCUAAUUUUGUCUAUAAUUGUGUGCCACCAGCUUGCGUGGAUACUAAUGAGAAGACAACGGGAUCACCGGCAAGUAGCUCUAAAAUAACAGAAGCAAACAGCAAAGACAAUGCCCAAAAUCAGACACGGUGUCCUGUGAUUCAUAAAACACCAACAAAAGAUAAAAGUAGUCGAUCAUGCGAUCCCGUACCAGGUUGUUCGACAUGGCAAGAUGAAUCUGAUCAGUCCAUUAAUACGUCGUCCAUCUCUGAUCUCCUUUCUAUAAUAUCCCCAUUGCCUCAAAAAGACGAUAAUAAAAGCAAGAACUUAAGACAAACACAAAACAGCAUUCCGAAAUUUUUACCCAGACACCUAUUUCCUAUAAGAUAUUUUUUAAAGAAAAAAAGUGAAAGAAACAAGAACGUGAUGAAAAAAAUAACAUGUAAAGGCAUGAAAGCAAAGAACAUAAACAAAACUAAAAAUAACAGCAAAAUAAAAAGUGCUAAACGACAAGUAGGAGCAGACGAAUUGUGUUUAUCAGAAGAUGAAGAACCUUUGAAGAAAACAGUUAUUAGCAAAUAUGUGUCCAAAACGGAGUCAAAACCAGUUAAUAAAUAUAUUAAAUAUGCAAAAGGAAAAGUUGUUUACAAAAAAGGCACGAACAAAAGACAAGUUGACGAAGAAUCGUCAUUUUCAGAAGACGAAGAGAUAAGUGACGACGACGAGUGCGAUGAUCUUAGCGACAGCGCCGCUCAUGUUAGAUGCAUUAUUUGUGACGACUUUGGAAAAAAUAAUGAACUGUGGUACCGUUGUACGAAUUGUGGCAGUUAGGCACACUCUGAAUGUUCAGGCGUAGAAGAUGCAGAGGGCUAUAUUUGUGAUUUUUGUUUACGACGGUAGUUAUAUUUUAGCA